UUUCAUACGCAGCGGUGUAGCAGGAGACAGCGACACCACAGCCCAGAGCAGGGAUUCCCAAGGCCGGUUAGGUCCUUUAAAAACACAAGCAGUCAAAGUAUUGCAGGGAGCCUAGAGAGAAUAAACACGGAAAGAAACAGGAGAACAAUCUCCAUCCAUCCUUUAUAGUGAUCCUGUGUACUGGGAAAGCUUCGUUGUAUUCGAUCUGAUCCAACAUUUUUCCGUGAGACCGAAACAAAGGCCCAUAGGAAGAGGAGCAAAGAAAAACUUCCAUACUCGAUGACAUUUCAUCGCAAUGUCCGAUCGUUUAGGGCAAAUUUCCAAGUCCAAGGAUGGGAAAAGCAAGUAUUCCUCGCUCAGCUUGUUUGAUAAGUACAAGGGAAAGUCAAUAGAAACUCAGAAAACUACAGUUGUUCCUCGACAUGGCCUGCAGAGUCUCGGCAAAGUUGCCACAGCCCGGCGGAUGCCCCCCCCCGCGCACCUCCCGAGCCUGAAGUCCGAAAACAAAGGAAACGACCCCAAUGUGAUUAUCGUGCCCAAAGACGGAACAGGAUGGGCAAACAAGCAGGAACAACCAGAUCAAAAGAGUUCUACUGCAUCAACCACACAGCCGCUGGAGUCGCUGCCUCCGCUGCCUUCUCAGAAAUCUGUCUCCAAUCUUCAGAAGCCGACUCUGCUAGCGAGCCAGGAGAACACAAACACUGGUGGACCAAAGCAAUGGGCACAACUAAACGGAAAGGCAGUAGAACAAGAUGGUUCAAGGGCCUCAAGCCGACUGCAGCCCUUCUCUCACGAGGAAUUUCCGACGCUGAAGGCAGCUGGGGAACAGGACAAGGCCGUCAAGGAAAGAAGCGCCUUCGAUCUGUCGUAUGGGCCCGGACCAAGCCUCCGCCCCCAGAACGUGACGAGCUGGCGGGAGGGAGGAGGGAGGAACCUGCACCCCGCCUCGGCGCCCGCGCCGCUCUCCUCCGAACCCGAGGCCAGGAGCGGCGGGCCGGCUGAGGCGUCGGCGCCCCCUCCCCCGCCCCCCGCCGCGGCCCCGGCAGCCGCCGCCGUCGCCGCCCCCCCUCCCCCUCCCCCCGCUGCCUCCGCCGCCGCCGAGCCCAAGGACCCCGCCCUUCGCCCCGCCCUGUCCCUCAGGCGGAGCGCCCCCUCAGUCCUGCAGUACCAGCAGCACCACCCCACCACCGUCUACCACGACAUGCUGCCCGCCUUCAUGUGUCCCAAGGAGAAUCGGGACUCGCCCUCGUCCCAGGACCACGGGCCCGCGGCCGUGGUGGCCCCGGUGCGGUUCGAAGCGCGGCCCACGUUCAGACCGCCGUUCCCCGGCCCCGAAACCGUCAACGGAGAGGUCAGGCGGGAGAACCGCUUCACCCGCGGCCCCGCUCGGCCCUCGUCGCGGCCCAUCCGUCGCCCCGGCGACCGCGCCCCUCGUCCCGCCAUCAUCAACCCCGAGGACCUGAAGGACCUGGACGACCUGGACAACGACUGCGAGGACGGCUGGGCAGGGCUCCACGAGGAGGUGGACUACAGCGAGAAACUGAAGUUCAGCGACGACGAGGAGGAGCACGCGUGCAACGAGAAGAACAAGAAGUGGGUGGAUUGGGAGCAGGGGAGGGAACGCCAGUCCUCCCUCAGUUCGGGAGAGGGAGUGUACAUCCAGGACGGCCUCGAGGACGAAGGACACCACCGCUACCCGGACCAGCAGCCCCCCAGGAAGACCAGCGGCAGGUUCACCCCUGCUGAGCACGCCCCCGCCCUGCAGAAAGCGGGCGUGAGCAGCGGUCUCCACCGCGGCGAGUCGGUGGAGGAGAAGGACGAGCAGCAGCAGCAGCCGCGGCCGGCCGCGCGCGGGAAGUUCGUCUCCCCGGAGCUCUCCGAGGCGGUGGAGCGGGCGCGGCGGCGGCGGGAGGAGCAAGAGCGGCGCGCGCGGGAGGAGCGCCUGGCCGCCUGCGCCGCCAAGCUCAAGAAGCUGGACGAGAAGUUCGGCAAGAGCGAGAGGCCCCCGCCCCGGGCCGAGGGGGCCCCGCGGGAGCCCGACGGCAAGGAGCCGCCGCCCUCCCCGCCGGGGAAGGACUCCCCGAAACUCCCCCAGGAGAGCUGGCAGUACGCUACCAAAGAGCCAGCGGAGGUUCCCCCAGAGCAGUACGCUGCCCAGGACUACAGAGAGGACGAGCCCGCCAACUACCGCAGCGAGGACGAGGGUCCCGGGCCUGCGUCCCCCGUUCCCGACUACGCGAAGUACCAGAAAUCUCUCCCCCCUCGCUUCCAGAAGCAGCACCAGCAGGACCAGGUGUACAAGGUGCCCCACUGGCAGCAGCCGGCAGGGAACCCUGCACAGUCCAGUGCCGCCCACGCCCAGCGUGGGUACUACCCCCCUCACGUGCUGGGUUUCGACCCCCGCUGGAUGAUGAUGCCCCCUUACAUGGACCCCCGCAUGACCCAGGGGCGCUCCCCCGUGGACUACUACCCCAACCCCGUCCAUUCUUCAGGAAUGAUGAAGCCCACGAUGCAGCAGGACCACCUGAACAGCCCGGGGUCCGCCUCCGACGAGGGCUGCCAUCCCAGCAUGCUCCAGGAGCGCCGGGCUCCUUCCACCGAGCCGUACCCCAUGUGGAGCCAGGACGCCUACCCGCCCGCCCCCACCCGCAGCUUCACCCCGCCCUACCAGCGACAGCACGAGGGCAAGGACACGAGCCGCUCGGACGACAGGAGUGAGCGGGCGUGUUCCCAGCAAGAGUCCUACGAGGACAGGGCAAAGGAGUUCGGAGACAUCCCGGCUGAGGAGCCCCCCCACCAGGGCUACCGGCAGACCAGGAGGCCAGACCUGGCCUUCGGGGAGCCCGGGAGGAACGUGCUCCAGGACGAGUCCCCGCCGCCCGUCGGCUCGGGCUGGUCCCAGACCGCCGAGUGCGACUAUCCCCCCGGCGAGCCCAAGGAGUUCGCCCACGGCCGGUACCACAAGGACGGCGGCGACUCGCGGGAUGAGCCGUUCGACUGCUCCGCCAAGGAGAAGGGCUUCGAGUCGGACUGCUGGAGGGCCGAAGCCCCCCUCAAGAAGGAGGGAGGCGGAGGGCUCCAGUCGCAGUGGUCGGAUCCUGGCUCCGGCAGCAGCGUUGGCAGCCAGCCGCCCGAGUCGAGCGGGAGGACCCUGAUCAGGAGGACCGGGCCCAUCAAGAAGCCGGUGCUGAAAGCCCUGAAGGUGGAGGACAAGGAGAACGAGAAGCCCAAGGCCGAGCCUGAGGAGAAGACCGUCCCGUACCGGCUGGAGAAGGAGGUCCUCACGAACGUGUACGACCUGAAGAAGGAUGCUGGUCAGCCUUUGAGCACCCGCCACUCGGUCGCCCUGGCCGUCGCUCCGCCCGAGGAGAAGCACCCCCCGGUCGCGACGAAGGUGGAGAAGACCGUCACCCCUACCGAGGACCUGCUGGAGGUCCGGGACCCGCCGGAGAGCAGGGAGCCGCCCGCCCCGCGCCGAAACAACUGGAUCUUCAUCGACGAGGAGCAGGCGUUCGGCGGAGCCAGAGGGACAGGGCGGGGCCGGGGGCGGGGCUUCCGCGAGUUCAACUCGCGCGGGGGCGGCCGCGGGGGACGCGGCGGCGGCGGCGAGAACCCCCGGGGAGGCUACGGCAACAGCGUCGGGGCCCAGAGGGGAGGCAGGGGCCGCGGGCUGCGGGAGUUCGGGAAGCCGGAGGACGCGGCGCAGAGAGGGAAGCCGCGGCGGCGCAACGUUAGCGAGACGCUGAGCGAGACCUCCGAGUACGAGGAGCUGCCCAAGCGGCGGCGCCAGAAGGGCUCGGAGAACGGGGAGGCCGCGGCGUACCCCGAGUCCGGGGGCCCCAGGAAGGUGGACAACCGGGACUCGUGGAGGUCCAACAAGGUGUACACGGACGACCAGGGCAGCGGCGGGGAGUCCCGAGACAAGUCCAAAGCCGCCAGAGGCUUCGGGCGCUCGUUGCCCCCGCGCCUGACCAACAGCGGGUACACCCGGGGUUUCGGGUCCCGCGAGAUGUCCAGCUGGCGGGGCAGGGGCGGGCAGUUCGGGGGCGGCCCCGCGCAGGAGAACGGUUACGGGCUCGGGACGGAAGCCUUCCAGAGGAGGCCCCUGGACCGGGACCCCCUGAAGUACGGCCAGAAGUACCCGGGCUCCUUCGCCGAAAACGGCGUGGACGACCGAGGCGGGGAAGCCGGCGACUACUACCUGGACGGCGACAACCCGGACAACCGGCCGCUGAGGCGGCGCCGGCCCCCCCGCCAGGACAAGCCCCCGCGAUUCCGCCGCCUGCGGCAGGAGAGGGAGCCUGGCGGCCCGUGGAACGGCGAGGAGUACGUCAACGGCGACUUCGCCGGCCACUGGCCCGCGCGCCCCAAGGGCGCCGAGGAGGCCGGGCCCGGGCACCACCCCAGGGGGCGGAGCCACCAGGACCAGGCGGAGGACUGGGAGACCGGCUCGGACAACAGCGACUUCAACGAGCGGCAGGACCGGCGCGGCGGCGCCUCCCAGCCCGACGCCCCCUCGGACUCCGGCCACGGUGAGCUGGGCGGCGGGGAGAAGAGGGAGCUCUCCAAGAGGAGCUUCUCCAGCCAGCGCCCUCUGGUGGACAGGCAGAACCGCAAGGGGGACCCCGGCGUCCUGGAGGGGAGCAAGCUGUCCCGACCUGUCGACGGCUCGACCAAGCCUGGAAGGGGCGACGGAUGGCAGAACGGGAUGUCUCCCAACAGCAAGAGGAGCCAGGAGGACGCGGGUUCGGGGCUGAGUUCCGGCUCGGUCUACAGCGUGGAGCAGUCCGAGGACAGCCCCCAGACCGUCCCGGCCGAGGCCCCCGGCAAGAAGGCGGAGAAGGAGCUGAGAGCGGGGCAGCUGAAGGGGGACAAGGACGAGCCCCUGUCCCAGUACGACCCCAACAGCUACCCGCUGGAGGGCGAUGUGGGCCCCGCUGUGCCCGGUCCGGACGGCUUCCCGGAGGUGCUCUCCAAAAAGCAGCGGCGCCAACAGGAGGAAGACCGCAGGAGGAAGGAGCAGGGGGCGCCAGUGAGUCGGAGACGGGGGCGGGGGGAGUCUGGGGGCUGGGGGGCAGACGCGCCUCGUGAUCUAGAUCAUCAUACCGGGAGCGUACCCGUUAAGAACCGGGCGAUCACCUCGAAAAUGCCGCCGCGCUUCGCCAAGAAGCAGGGCGGCCUUUCUCUGGAGCAGCAGGCGGAGGACGUGAUGUCGGCCAGCAACCUGGGCACCGAGAUCUGGGAGACCAACAGCUCGGCCCUCGCCGUCCAGUCGUCCAGCGGAGACUCCUGGACGAAGCCGGUGUCGUACCCGGGGGCGGAGCCCAACUCUGAGGUGUUUAGGGGGAGUCAGGUCGACAGUGGCAUUGACCUGAGCGCUGAGUCUCGGGGCUCCUCGGCUAGCUCCUCCCAGAGAAGUUCCCCCUACGGCGCCCUCGGGCCGCAGGAAAUCGCCGGGUCCGCCCAGGCCAGGCCAAAUACCGACGGCCCCAAAGACCUGCCUCCCAAGCAGAUGGAAAAGGAUUCGGACGCCGGGCCGGAGCAGAACAAGGAGCACAAGCCGGGUCCGAUCGGGAACGAGCGCUCGCUGAAGCACCGGAAGGGCUCGGAGGGCGUGGAGCGGCUGGAGGGCCCCAUCGCCCCCGUCAACGGCGUGGAGAUCCACGUGGACAACGUCAUCCCCGUCCCGCCCAUCGAAUUCGGCGUCAGCGCCAAGGACUCCGACUUCAACCUGCCCCCUGGCUCCACCCCUGUGCCCGUGUCCAACCCCAUCACCAAACUGCAAGACCCCCUGGCUGGGAACGCCGCCCUCUCUCAGGGGAUCCCCAUGCUUCGGAGAGACCACCUGCAGCCCGGCAUCAACCUGAACCCCAUGUCCUUCCCCAGCGCUGACCUCACUCUCAAGAUGGAGUCCGCGCGGAAGGCGUGGGAGAACUCUCAGUCUCUGCCGGAGCAGGGGUCCCCGGGGGCCCCCGGGUCGGGCGGCCAGCCCCCCUGCAGCGUCGGCUCCUCCAGCGGGGUCAGCUACAGCUCCUUCGGGGGGGUGUCCAUGCCCCCCAUGCCCGUGGCGUCCGUGGCUCCGUCCGUCUCCAUGCAAGGUAACCACAUCCCCCCCCUGUAUCUGGACGGCCACGUGUUCCCCAGCCAGCCCCGCCUGGUGCCCCCCAACAUGACCCAGCAGCAGAGCUAUCAGCAGGCGGCGGCCGCUCAGCAGAUCCCCAUCUCCCUGCACACGUCCCUGCAGGCGCAGGCCCAGCUCGGCCUGCGGGGGGCGCUGCCGGUCUCCCAGUCCCAGGAGAUGUUCAGCUCCAUGCCCCCGUUCAGGUCCCAGGUCUACAUGCACCCCAACCUGUCCCAGCCCAGCGCCAUGGUGCUGUCGGGGGGAGCCCCCCUGAAGGGGCCCUACUCGGCCUUCCCGGGCAUGCAGCCCUCGGACAUGGUCAAGACCCAGUCGGGGUCCCACUACCAGCCCCUCAACGGCGGGCAGCCCCUGGUGUACGACGGCCAGAUGAACCAGGGGCCCGGCAUGGGCACCUCCCAGCUCAUGGACUCCCAGCUCAUCCAGGUGACCAUGCCCCUCCCCGGCUCCCAGCUGCGCUACGGUUCGGCCCAGCAGCACCUCAUCCUGCCCCAAUCCAUCCAGCUGCAGCAGGGCCAGAACUUGUCUGUGGGCGGGCCCAGACGCAUGAUGCCACCCGGAUCCCAGCCCCCUGUCCUGCCCGGCAACAGAGAGACCUCUCAGAUGGAGAUGAAGGGCUUUCAGUUUUCAGACAAGCCCAACCAUUCACCCGGAAUGUCAGGAGGCUCCUACAGGCCCGGCUCCGCCAGCCCCAGCGGGAAACCCUCGGGCCCCGGGUGCCCCACCACGGUGGCCGCUCUCUCUGGACACUACGCUCAGCAGGUGCCCCCCCCUCCCCAGGGCAGCAUGGUGAUGCACAUGCGCCCCCCCACCACCGGCCCCUUCCCCAACCCCAUCCAGCGCCCCGUCAUGCAGGUCAACAAGACCGUGAUCAUCCGCUCCCCCCCCUACCGCCCCGGCCGCGAGGCCCCCCCCUCCUCCUCCCCCGCCACCCCCGACCCCUCCCCCGCAGGUCCUGAGGAUGGCACGAAGACGAGGACCCCGCGGGACGUUUGCCAGGGCGAAGGGAAAGGAGCGCCGGGGCCGGGGGGAGUGCCAGGCCAGCCGCACGAGCCCCCGCCCCCGGGGCAGAUCCAACCGGCCCGCACCGGUGCCAUCAAGCCACACACCGUCAAGAUGGAGGAGGGAACAGCCUAGCCUUCAAAAUCCCAGCUGCAUCCACCGAGCCCCUCCCCUCGCCUUGCCCCGCCCCCCCGACACAAGGCCCCUCCCCUUGCCUUGCCCCGCCCCCCCUGACACGAGGCCCCUCCCAUCCGCAACGCUUCGGCUUUUCCGGAGCCUCGGAACGAGAGGGGGAGUGGGAGGGGCUACAAAUCCAAAUCCCAAAAUUUGGAAGAAUCAAAAAAAAAAAAAAAAAAAAACAAUUUUAAAAAAAGAAAAGGAAAAA